UCGUUGAAGUCGUAGUCCGUCCGUCAGGUGGAGUAGCGCGUGUGUCUCAAGUGUCAAGUGUCAAGCAGCCAUAUUCUCGUAUUCUAAACUCGAAACACAAGUAGAAAUAUUUGGUGAUCUUAACGAAAAUAAUUAUUAGAUUGAAUAAAUAAUCCGUGCGCAAAAAUACCGUUUGAGCAAUAAUGACUGACAAAAAAGCUUACCCCGUCGCACCUCAUCCACCAACCGGCUUCGUGCCAGCGCCAGCUCAGCCUGCUACAUAUGGCGUUGCAGGAGCCUCGCCGUACGGGGUCUUCCCCAACCAGCCACAGCUCUACGCUACCCAGGGUCCGCCGCCGCCGACGUACGAUCAAACCCUCACUCAUCCCAUGAUGUACCAGCCGAUGUAUGGUCAAGGCUAUCCUGGCGGCUAUCUAGCCGGAUAUCCAGCAGCUUAUGGACCACUUCAGUACUAUCCUCCGCUGGCUACAGCCGCCGCCUAUUAUCCAGCAGCUGCGAUGCAACCUGCGCCUGUUAGGCCAACGAUCAUGGUUCCUAACGGAUUUGAGGGAGCAAGAUUUGACGGAAUCUCGCAACAAGUAUUGCCACCACCACCACCAGGAGUAGCAGCGAAUGCAGCGCAGCUAGCUGCCAUGGCUGGUCACAGUGUCGCUUUAUCGCAAAAGAAAGGUUCGUUCCUUGGAGGUGGAACAGAAGGUGGAUAUACAUUCUGGUAAACAUAGAGUAAACCGGGGGGUUGGGUAGGGGUGAAAAAAAAGGGGGGGGGAGGAGACUAGCGAAGAUGCGAGGCGAGACUUAGAAGAAAUAAUACAGAGACAGCGACGGAAGGAAGAAGAAGAAGGGGGGAAAAAAUAGAAGAAGAAAAUGACAAAAAAAAAGAUUUAAAAAAGAAUAAUUGAAAAAAGUAUUGACGACAAAAAAAGAAAAAAAAAAGAAGAAGAGAUUACAAAAAAUAAGAAGAGCGACGAAUGAAAUAAUCGAUAUUUAUCGCUGCGUGAUCCAUGUAGGCAAUUUAUUGAUAUAUAAAAUGAUGAUGAUGA